AUGAACAUAGAUGCAGGAACCAUGCGGCCCCAGGAGCAUGGCGAGGUGUACGUCCUCAACGACGGCGGUGAAGUCGAUCUAGAUCUUGGAAAUUACGAGCGAUAUCUCGACGUGACUCUAUCGCGAGACAACAACAUCACAACGGGUAAAAUCUAUCGAGAGGUCAUUGAGAAAGAGCGCCGAGGAGAUUAUCUCGGAAAGACUGUCCAGAUCGUCCCCCACGUCACAAAUGCCAUUCAAGACUGGAUAGAACGUGUCUCGAAAAUCCCAGUCGAUGACACUGGCGAAGAGCCGGAUGUCUGCAUUGUAGAGCUGGGAGGCACCGUGGGCGAUAUUGAAUCGGCACCAUUCGUAGAGGCAAUGCGGCAAUUCCAAUUCCGUGUUGGAUACGAUAAUUUCGCUCUCAUCCAUGUGUCCCUCGUUCCCGACAUGCACGGCGAACAAAAAACAAAACCCACACAGACCACGGUCCACGCCUUGCGAGGUCUUGGUCUCCUUCCCGAUCUGGUCGGUUUUCCCUCCAAGAUCCAGUUUAACUGUGCCAUCAUUCAUAUAGAUAUGUACUUGCAGAUCGCGUGCCGUCUGAUCGUACAAAAACCUCUUGACCCCUCGACAAAGGCCAAGAUUUCGAUGUUCUGUCAUGUUGCGCCAGAGCAGGUCAUCGGCGUGCACGACGUUUCCUCUGUUUAUCACGUCCCACUGCUCCUGCAAUCGCAAGGGAUCGUGGAGUAUCUCCACAAACGCUUGAAUCUUUCGGGCAUCAAGCUAUCGCAGCAAAUGAUAGACAGAGGUGUAAGCUUAGAAAGUAGAUGGAGAGAGCUUACAAAACGACAAGAACGCGUUUUUGACGAUGUCUCGAUCGUCCUCGUUGGCAAAUACACCGAUCUCCAGGACUCGUAUAUGUCUGUCACAAAAUCCCUCGAGCACUCUGCUUUCCGCUGUAAUCGGCGACUUAUCUCGAAGUGGGUGGACUCGUCAGAUCUGGAGCCCGAAAUGCAAGUCUCAAAUCCAGCAAAAUACCAUGAUGCAUGGCGAGCCAUCGUUUCAGCUGGUGGCAUUUUAGUGCCCGGUGGGUUUGGGCCGCGCGGCACGGAGGGAAUGAUGUUGGCCAUCAAAUGGGCCCGAGAGCAAAAAAUUCCGUUCUUGGGGAUCUGCUUCGGCUUCCAGCUCGCUGUUGCUGAGUGGGCGCGGAACGUGUGUGGCUUCACUGGUGCUACUUCGACUGAGUUCAAUCCUGAUACCGAGCACCCCGUCAUCAUUUUCAUGCCCGAAAUUUCCAAAACGCACAUGGGCGGUACCAUGCGUCUGGGCCUGCGCCCCACCGUGUUCGAGCCAGAAACCGAGAAAUGGUCGAAAGUACGGAAAUUAUACGCGGGUGCGGGCAAAAUCUGGGAACGGCACCGACAUCGCUACGAGGUUAACCCUGCCUAUAUCGAGAGGUUUGCGGCAAGCGGGAUGACGUUCAUCGGGAAAGACGAGAAGGGGGAACGGAUGCAGGUCCUGGAGUUGCCUGAUCACCCAUAUUUUGUCGGAUUCCAGGCACAUCCGGAGUUCUGCACGCGGCCGCUAAAUCCCUCCCCUCCGUUUUUGGGAUUUGUGGCCGCCGCGUCGAGCCAGUCCGUCCUUAAGGAGCAGCUGGAUUUCCAGCUGAAGAACUUUCAUCCGCCACACCCUGAAGGCUCUAUGGUGAGUGAGGUAGAGCUGAGACAGGUAGAAACACCACCUCCCGGAGCAGAAGUAGUCCUUCGUAGUGAGCAAUGA